GACGAUUGUAAUUGAAUUGGUAAUUGCCCUGACGUGCGCUUGUUGUGCUGGAAGUCCCAGUGGCGGAUACUUGGAUGCCGCAUGACCUCGAGACCGUGUCGCAGAGAAUUCCGUUCCUCCUGACGACUGCCACGAACGACGGGGCAUUCUGGCCGGCACCGUACACUGCAGAGCACGAGCUCGGUUGCUUUAACAGCCCGUUCCAGAAUCCAGAAGCGAAGAACGCCACCGCCUUUGCGCAGUUCUCUGGAUCUGCCUGCGAGGACGACGGGAAGGGGGGCCGCUAUGACAGAAAAUGGUCCAACGGCGGUCACGAUUGCCCCAUGAAGACCCAAUCACCCGAGACGCCAUGGGUGUUGACCGCGGUGAAGCUUUACACCCAGCUUGGAGGUAGCGCAAGCUCUAAGUGCCAUUCGAUGCUCUGGGGCUCUGGGGCUGACAGCCUUCAGAAAGAUUCGAACAUUGAGAAGUUUGUGAUCCACUCCCCGGCAGAUGUUCAAGACUCUUUGCUAGUAUAGCUGAGCAUCUUACUCUGCCAGUUUUCCACGACAGGCGCUGGCGCGGGUCGACUCUGUCGUUACUCAGCAUCACAAGGAUGGUGCGACUAGAUCAGUUGCAUCUCCGAGUGAAGGAAAAUACGUUCAAUC